GACAGUCUUUACAACGAACAACCUGCAUCCUUGAUCCGGAAGGAACUUCUUUGACGACACUCGCUACUCUCUCCAUUCACUUAACAAUCCACUACGACAGCAUCCAACACUUCCUUUAACAGUCAACUGUAACCGCCAGGAUGUCGGUUCGAUCACUAGAAUCCCGAAUGUCCAAAAUCUCCGUCUCAACAAACGAGAACGCCAACCCAAACCAACGCACCUCCCUCGCAAAACAAUCAAACUUCGGCAAACCCGUGAACUCGCAAAGCCAAGCGACACGCCAUCCCCUCCUUAAACUCGCGGUCCACAACCAGAAUCUCGUAUCGCAGAAGCCUCAGCAAACGGUUAACAUCCCGGCAGGACAAUGGCGGUCGUCACAGAUGCCGCCUCCGCCGCCUCCGCCGACGUCGCCGAGACGGAGUGGAUCGGGCACGGCGGAACAGGAGCGUACGUCGCUUGACCGCAGAUCACAGGGUCAAGCUGCGCAGGGGAUGCCUAGGGAAUUGCAUUUGAGUAUGUUCGAGAUCGGAAAACCGCUCGGAAAGGGAAAGUUCGGACGUGUCUACCUGGCGCAGGAGAAGCGGACGGGAUUCGUCUGCGCAUUGAAGGUCCUGCACAAGAGUGAGUUGAUGCAGAGUAAGGUUGAGAAGCAAGUGCGGAGAGAGAUCGAGAUUCAAUCGAAUUUGCGACACCCUAAUAUUCUGCGGUUGUAUGGACACUUUCAUGACGAGAAGCGAAUUUUCUUGGUGUUGGAGUUUGCUGGACAGGGAGAGUUGUAUAAGAUUCUACGCAAGAAGCGGAGGUUCUCAGAGCCGAAGGCUGCGGAGUAUAUCUUUCAGAUGGCGGCGGCUCUGUCAUACUUGCACAAGAAGCACGUCAUUCACCGUGAUAUCAAACCGGAGAACAUUCUUGUCGGUUUGAACGGCGAGAUCAAGAUCAGUGAUUUUGGAUGGAGUGUACACGCCCCCAACAGCAGACGAACAACCCUCUGUGGAACCCUCGACUACCUCCCUCCCGAGAUGGUCGAAGGAAAAGAACACGGUGCUCAUGUCGACCUCUGGUCUCUCGGUGUCCUAACCUACGAAUUCCUCGUCGGUAACCCACCAUUUGAGGAUUUGAACGGGUAUGCAGCGACCUAUAAGAGAAUCGCGAAGGUUGAUUUGAAGAUCCCGGACUAUGUCAGCCCCGAGGCGAAGGAUUUGAUUACGAAGUUGUUGCAGUAUAAUCCGGAUAAGAGGAUGUCGGUUGAUCAGGUUGCGUUUCAUCCGUGGAUUAUGAAGCAUAGGCCGACGUGGGAGAAUCGGGGACCUUCUGAUCAGCAGUGA